UUACACCACCCUCCGACCAACCAUGGCUGACUUGUUCAUCAUUUGUUUCUUCGUUGCAAUUGUUCUUCUCUCUCUCUCUCUCUCUCUCUCUGUCUCUUUCUCUCUCCUAAACAAUUCAUCAAAUCAAUGCCUUUUAAAGCUCAAAAACCCGCCACUUCUCUCUCCGCAUUCUCAACACUCUUCUCCUGAUUCCACCUUCUGCCUCCUCUCCUCCUUUGCUUUUUCAGCUUUUCUCUUCUGCUAGACUCACAAUUCAAUAUCAAAUGUGACCACCUCUCUCGGCGCGAAUUCGAACAUUGGUUCGUCACGUCGUGGGAGAUUAGCCCUUCUGCAACACUAUACAACGUUGGAAUUCGAAUGUUUUGUCUCGGGUGUUUUUCUUUUUCUCUGGAUCAUGAGUCGUGGCGUAUGAGGUUUGCUACCUUUUGAUCCCACCUUCAAGGGUACCCCUUUGCGCUGGAGAUUCCGAAAAAUUGAAUUUUUGAAAGAUCUAGCGAGGUCAAAAGUCAAAUAUCUUAGCACCUCUAUGAUGGACCCCAAAACCCCAUUUGAGGAUUCUUCCAAUUUUGAUUCUUUCAUGUUCAAUUCAUCGUCACGUAGAAGUGGCGUGGCCGCUCAGUCUAGGAGCAACUCCAUCCAGGAAGUGGGUUUUGGCCACUCAGGAUCCACGCGUGUGAGGUAUGGGUCAAAGGGUGUUGAUUCUGAAGCCCUCAGCAUGUCUCAGAAGGAAAUCAGUGAUGAGGAUGCAAGGUUGGUUUAUGUUGAUGAUCCUGAGAGGACCAAUGAAAGGCUUGAAUUUGCAGGGAAUUCAAUCCGAACUGCCAAGUACUCCAUCAUCACCUUUCUUCCAAGGAAUUUGUUUGAACAGUUUCAUAGAGUUGCUUAUAUUUACUUCCUUGUGAUUGCGGUUCUCAAUCAGCUCCCUCAGCUAGCUGUUUUUGGAAGGGGUGUUUCCAUUUUGCCAUUGGCCAUUGUGCUGCUUGUCACUGCUGUGAAGGAUGCAUAUGAAGAUUGGAGGAGGCACAAUUCAGACAAAAUUGAGAACAACAGGUUAGCAUGGGUUUUGGUUAAUGGUGUGUUUCAACAGAAGAAGUGGAAGGAUGUUAGAGUUGGGGAGGUUAUUAAAAUCAGUGCAAAUGAAACCAUUCCUUGUGAUAUUGUGUUGCUCUCAACUAGUGACCCUACCGGGGUUGCUUAUGUGCAGACUAUUAAUCUUGAUGGAGAGUCUAAUUUGAAGACUAGGUAUGCAAAGCAAGAGACUCAAUCUAAGUUGCCUGAAAAGGAGAUGUUGAAUGGGUUGAUUAAGUGUGAGAAACCCAACAGGAACAUAUAUGGGUUUCAGGGUAAUAUGGAAGUUGAUGGAAAGAGGUUGUCUCUUGGAUCCUCCAACAUUGUCCUUAGAGGCUGUGAGCUCAAGAAUACUAAUUGGGCACAUGGUGUUGCUGUGUAUUGUGGUUGUGAAACUAAAGCUAUGCUCAACAGCUCAGGAGCUCCAUCGAAAAGGAGCCUUCUUGAGACUCGCAUGAACUCUGAGAUCAUCAUGCUUUCUUUAUUUCUUGUAGUUUUGUGUACAGUCUCCUCAGUUUGUGCUGCUGUUUGGUUAAAGCGCCACAAGGGUGAGUUGAAUCUCUUGCCGUAUUACAGGAAACUGGAUGUUUCAAAGGGGGUAGAGGACAGCUAUAAGUAUUAUGGAUGGGGAUUGGAAAUCCUUUUUACUUUCCUUAUGGCAGUUAUAGUGUACCAGGUCAUGAUCCCUAUAUCCUUGUACAUUUCCAUGGAGCUUGUCCGUGUGGGUCAGGCAUACUUCAUGAUUGGAGACACCAGAAUGUAUGAUAAGGCAACAAAUUCAAGAUUUCAGUGCAGGGCUUUGAAUAUUAAUGAAGAUUUAGGUCAAAUUAAAUAUGUCUUUUCCGACAAAACUGGUACACUGACUGAGAACAAGAUGGAGUUUCAAUGCGCAAGCAUCUUGGGGUUUGAUUACAGUUCUGCAACAGACAGUCUUGAGAAUGAGCAAGUUGAAUACUCUGUUCAAGCGGAUGGAAAGAUCAUUAAGCCAAAGAUGAUGGUGAAAGUUAAUCAAGAGCUUUUGCAACUAUCAAAAAGUGGAUUUGCAAAUAAAGAGGGCAAACAAAUUUAUGAUUUCUUUCUAGCAUUGGCAGCCUGCAACACAAUUGUGCCUCUUCUUGUUGACACAUCUGACCCUAUGGUCAAGCUGAUAGAUUACCAAGGGGAAUCGCCAGAUGAACAAUCAUUGACUUAUGCUGCUGCUGCAUAUGGUUUUAUGCUUAUUGAACGAACCUCAGGCCACAUAGUCAUUGAUAUUCAUGGAGAAAGACAAAGGUUCAAUGUCUUAGGUUUGCAUGAAUUUGAUAGUGAUCGGAAGAGGAUGUCGGUUAUAUUGGGGUAUAACAACAAUUCUGUAAAACUCUUUGUUAAAGGGGCAGAUACAUCCAUGCUUAGUGUGAUAGACAAAUCAUUGAACACAGACAUACUACAAGCAACUGAAACCCAUCUUCACUCUUACUCCUCUGUGGGUCUGAGAACACUUGUUAUUGGGAUGAGGGACUUGAAUGUUUCGGAAUUUGAGCAAUGGCACUCUGAUUUUGAGGCUGCAAGUACUGCUUUGAUUGGUAGGGCUGCUAUGCUUCGCAAAGUUGCUAGCAAUGUAGAGAACAAUCUGUGCAUAUUGGGUGCAACUGCUAUCGAAGAUAAACUGCAGCAAGGUGUGCCAGAAGCUAUUGAGUCUCUAAGGACUGCAGGUAUUAAAGUAUGGGUCCUGACUGGGGACAAACAGGAAACUGCCAUAUCAAUUGGAUACUCCUCAAAGCUCCUAACGAGCAAUAUGACUCAAAUUAUAAUUAAUACAAACAAUCGAGAGUCAUGUAGAAGACGGUUACAAGACGCCCUAGUCAUCUCUAGAAAUCAAAGGGCUGUGUCUAGAGUUACGCACAAUUCUGAUGGAAGUUCAGAUGCUGUUUCAAUUUCAGCUCCAUUGGCCUUAAUUAUCGAUGGUACUAGCCUUGUUUAUAUUCUUGACAGCGAGCUUGAAGAAGAGCUCUUUGAUCUUGCAACUAGAUGUUCUGUUGUUCUCUGUUGUCGAGUGGCUCCACUACAGAAGGCUGGGAUUGUUGCGCUUGUGAAGAAUAGGACGGAUGACAUGACACUAGCCAUUGGAGAUGGUGCUAAUGAUGUAUCGAUGAUCCAAAUGGCUGAUGUUGGAGUUGGAAUCAGUGGACAGGAGGGUCGGCAAGCUGUAAUGGCUUCAGAUUUUGCAAUGGGGCAGUUUAGAUUUUUAGUUCCUCUCUUAUUGAUACAUGGACAUUGGAAUUACCAACGAUUGGGUUACAUGAUAAUAUACAACUUCUACAGAAAUGCUAUCUUUGUUCUUGUCCUAUUUUGGUAUGUGCUCUUAACUACCUUCACUUUGACAACUGCUAUAAAUGAAUGGAGCAGCAUGUUAUAUUCGAUAAUCUACACUGCAUUGCCAACUAUUGUUGUUGGUAUUCUUGACAAGGAUCUUAGUAAAAGGACUCUCCUAAAGAAUCCUCAGCUUUAUGGAGCCGGACUAAGACACGAGGCCUACAACAAAAAAUUGUUUUGGUUGGCAAUGGCUGAUACAUUGUGGCAAAGCAUUGCUGUCUUCUUCACUCCCCUAAUUGCAUAUUGGGGAACCACUGUAGAUGUAGCAAGCAUAGGAGAUCUUUGGACUCUUUCAGUUGUUAUUUUGGUUAAUUUGCACUUGGCCAUGGAUGUCAUCAGGUGGAGUUGGAUUAUUCAUGCAGUCAUUUGGGGCUCUAUUGUUGCGACUUUAAUAUGUGUCAUGAUUAUCGAUGCUAUACCUGCCUUCCCUGGUUACUGGGCUAUCUUUCAUGUUGCAGGAACUGGAGUGUUCUGGUUAUGUUUGCUCGGAAUUGUGAUAGCCGCGUUACUUCCACGAUUUGUUGUAAAAUAUAUUUAUCAGUAUUAUUUUCCAAGUGACAUUCAGAUUUCAAGAGAAGCUGAGAAGUAUGGGAAUCCAAGAGACAAUGGAAGUGGACAAAUAGAAAUGCUUCCUGUUUCAGAUGCUCCACCAAGAUAACAGAAGUUAGCUUCUUCCCUGUGUUCUGUAAAAUUUCUUUUGUAAAGUUACAUAUUCUUUAGGCUACAUCAGAGUAUUUCUGUUGGUUGCCAGAUUUCAUUGUUCUAUCCGAAGGAUAGAGUUUUUGUUUUUAAUGCAGAGGCUGCUUGUAUUAUUAUUCCUUUGUGUCGAUAAAUUAGCCUGUUGUAAAUUAACAAUUAUUAUAGCAGAUAUAGAAAAGAUGUUACAAGUUAAAUUAUAACAUGAAGAGUUGAGUUCAUUGCCUGCUUGAUGAUG